UUAAAAUACACGUUUGGAUCGCCGUUGUUGUGGCGUGACGUCGCCGGUCACGCCCGCAGCGUCUUUACGUCUCUACGUGGCCGUUAAAGGGGGAGGGGAACGAAAACAGGAAUCCGAACAAAGAGGGACGAUAACAGCCAGCAAGUGCUCCAAGCUCAUAAUCAUGCCGAUUCGCCGUUCAGCUGGGGCCCCGCCCAAGCCGCCCAAGGAAGACGCGCCCUCAGCACCUGAAGCAGAUCCUAAGACCAACUCUGGUGAGUCCACUUCCACCGAGGAGCAGGACGCACCAACUCAAGCAGCUCCUGAGGGACCGGAAAACGAUGGAGGCGAGAAGCCUGCUGACGGUGCCACAGAGGGGGAAACGGAAGGAGAGAAAGAUGGGGAGAAAACGGAUGAUGGGGAGAAAUCAGAGAAGGGAGGAGCAGACGAGCAAGGAAAAAAGAAGAAAAAGAAGAAAGCCAAAAAAGAGGACAAGGAGGGAGCCGAUGAGAAGAGCAAGAAGGUGAAGAGAAAAAUCCCUGCUUGGGCCACCAUGUCCGCCAGCAAACUCGCCACCGCCCCAAAGAGCGUCUCUCUGUUUCAGCCCAAAGUGGAAGAAAUCCUUCUUGAUGCUAUUCAGAACUGUAAGGAUCGGAAUGGCGCCUCUAUUUUCACCAUCAUGAAAUACAUAAUGAAGAAAUAUUCCCCCAUGGAACUAGACAAAAGGACGAAGAGCCUGUAUAAGCGGGCCCUUAAGCGGCUAGUGGAGAAGGGGGCUGUCAAACAGCUGAAAGGCAAAGGCUUCUCUGGAAGUUUCACCAUCGGCAAGGUCCCUCCCAACUCCAGCUCAAAGAAGCCCUCAGCCUCCUCAGGGAUGAAGGGGACACUAGGCGAGAGUCUGCCGCUCAUUAUGACGCGUCUGUGUGAGCCCAAAGAGGCUUCCUACAUCCUCAUCAAGAAGUACCUGGAGCAGCAUUUCCCUCAGCUCAAUGUGGAGAACAGGCCUGACGUGCUGAAGAACUGCCUGCAGAGGUCUGUAGAAAAGGGCUACCUGGAGCAGAUCACUGGGAAAGGCGCCUCUGGGACUUUCCAGCUGAAGAAGUCUGGAAAUAAGGUGCUCUUGGGCGGAGGGCUCCUCGAAGAUGCCAUCGUUGCUGCCAUUACUGCCAUGAAUGAGCCCAAGUCCUGCAGCAUAAGCACACUCCGCAAGUUUCUGUUGGAGAACUUCAAGGACCAGAGCGUUUAUCUUCUCGUGGCAAACCUGAAGAGAACCUUGCAGAGGUGUAAGAUGAUGGGAUGGAUGGAGCAGAUCACUGGUCAUGGCCUCAGUGGAUCCUACCAGCUCUGCUAUCCUUACUACCCAAGUCCAGCAGUGCUGUUUCCAGAAAUGAUGGAAAAACUCAAACAGAAAGAGGAAAAGAAGCUACAAAAUAAGAAGAGAAGCCAGUCGUCUGACGACAGCGAUGAGGAGGAAGAGGAGGAGGAGGAGGAGGAAGACGAAGAGUCGGAGGAUGAGGAACCACCUCCUCGCAAGAGGAGUCAGAAGAGGUCUGCAUCCCGAGGCCGUCAGCCCCAACCCAACAAGAGAGCCAAGACUAGCGGUAGAAAGCCUCCCCCUGCUAAGAGACCGGCGGCAGCAGCUAAGAAAGCAUCCGCUGCUUCCAAGAAGGCCUCUACACCUGCUAAAGCCACACCAGUCAAGAAGGCUGCUCCGGCCCGCAAGCCUAAAACACCUAUCGCCAAGAAGAUGACCAGCAGGGUGUCUAAGCGACCAGCGCCCAAGAAGUCUCCGGCUAAGAAACAGGCAGCUAGCUCUCCUGUGAAGUCUAAGACUGCUGCUCGAAAGUCCCUCAGAGCCAAGAAAUAAGCUCAUUGAUUUGUGGGUGAACGGUUGACUGUAGCUCCUUAGACUGCAGUGUUAUUGCUGUUUCUUUCAUUUUUUUUCAUACUAUUUUAGUAGCUUCACUGUUCUCCCUUCGUUGGAACCUCCUAUUAGAUAAAGAUCCAAUUUCCUCCCCCUUAUAGUCUACUGUAAUACUCACGAAAGCAUUUUCAGUUUAUUUUUUUUUAUCGAGUGCCGAAUGUUCUUUGUUUGCAUUGUUCUAGACGUUUCUUUAGAACAUUGUGUGAGAUGGUAGGUGCCACCACGAGCUGUCUUGAUUGUGCACGAAAAAGGUGAUUUCAACUCGUUUGUCUUUGCAUAGCGAUCUAAACUCCUCUAGAUCAUAAACCUGUUUCCUUUCACGUUCUCAUGUCCACAGUGUUUGAGAAGACUCUUCUGAAGUGUUCGCGUCAUUCUUUGCGUUUUAUAAAGAAGACGUUUCUGUCGUUUUUGUGAAAUUACAUAGCAGUGUAAGAAAAUAGAAGCAUACUGGCCGGCGCCUUCGAAGGGGUGAAGAGGUAACUUUACUAAUUACUGGUGCCUAUAUGAGUGUUACAGGCAGCGUCUGCCUGAAAUGGGGCCAAUUUCAAGCAACAAUGAUGAACAGCUGUACGUGCGGGAAAGCAAGUACAAUUUGGGUUUUGUUUUUUUUGUUUUGUUUUUGUUUUUCCUUUUACUGCAUAAUAUGAAGGUGAAUAUUUAUAUAUUUUUUCCUUUAUGUAAUGAGAAAGUAAAGGACAAACCUCCAUAAGUAAAACUGAGUUGAAUAUUAUAUAAUAGUUAACCCAGUGGUAUUCUGUGUAAUUAGAGUCAGGGAAUUGGAUUUUAUUUGAUGAGCUCAUUGCUAAUGGCCUGCAUGCAUGUAACUGAAAUGCUUUUCUGUAGUCCUUAAUAAAGUGACUAUAUUUGUACUCCAAA